UAGCCUGAGUGCAUUCUCCAGGGAAAACCUAACCUUGAACAGACCCAGCAUUUAUCUGUCCUGUGGUUUGAACCAUGCCUGAGCCUGCAAAACCUGCAGCAAAGAAGAAAGAAGUGAAGAAAGCAGAGCCAAAGGAUGUGAAGAAAGAAGAGCUCAAAACUGAGGCUCCAGCAGAGCAGGUUCCAGGAGUGGAAGACAAAGGGGAUCCCUCUACACAGUCAGAAGGAGUCUUCAUCAAGAAGCCAGAAAAUGUGCUAAUACAUUGUGGAAGUGAUGUGUCUAUCCAUGUGCAGUUGAAUGGGUCUCAGCUCCCUUGCAAACCUACCAUCAAGUGGUUCAAGGGGAAGUGGCUGGAGUUGGGCGUUAAGAGCGGACUACGGUUCCAGUUCAAAGAGGGCUUUGACAAGGAUAAAAAUAUUUACUCCCAUGAGCUGAAAAUUGAGAAAGUAGUAAUUGGAGACAGAGGUGACUAUCGCAUUGAGGUGACAGCCAAGGACUUUUUUGACAGCUGUGUCUUCAAUAUUGAUGUAGAAGUACCAAGAACAGAAGAAGCUGGCAAUAUUUUAGAAACAUUCAAACGUUCUGGAGAAGCCAAAAGUGAUGCUGCUGGAGAGUUGGAUUUCACUGGCUUGCUUAAGAAAAGAGAAGUGCAAGUGCAAGAAGAAGAGAAGAAAAAGAAGAAAAAGAAGGACGAUGAUGAUGAUUUGGGGAUUCCACCAGAGAUCUGGGAACUGCUUAAGGGUGUGACCAAGAAAAGCGAGUAUGAGCGAAUUGCCUUUGAGUAUGGCAUCACUGAUCUACGUGGCAUGUUGAAAAGGCUCAAGAAAGCCAAGGUGGAGGUCAAGAAAAGUGCAGCUUUCAUUAAGAAACUGGACCCAGCCUAUCAAGUUGACAAAGGCCAAAAGAUCAAGAUGUGGGUGGAGUUGAGUGACCCUGACUUACCUAUCAAAUGGAUGAAAAAUGGACAACUGCUCAAGCCCAGUGGCAAGUACAUCUUUGAGAAUGUGGGUAAGAAACGUAUCCUGACAAUCACCAAGACAACGCUGACGGAUGAUGCAGCCUAUGAAUGUGUGGCUGGAGAUGAGAAGUGCUUCACAGAGGUCUUUGUAAAAGAACCACCUGUCCUGGUCAUGAGUGGUCUGGAUGACCAACAAGUAUAUGUGGGAGACAAAGUAGUGUUGGAAGUAGAGGUAUCUGAGGAAGGAGCCCAGGUAAUGUGGUUGAAAGACGGUGUGGAGUUGACUCGUGAAGACACCUUCAAGUAUCGCAUCAGAAAGGAUGGCAAAAAGCACAUGCUCAUCAUCAAUGAGGCUAGCAAAGAAGAUGCUGGGCGCUACCAGAUUGUAACCAACGGGGGCCAAUCAGAGGCAGAUCUUGCAGUUGAAGACAAACCGCUCGAGGUAAUUCAAGGUAUUGCUGAUCUGACGGUCAAGGCCACUGAACAAGCCGUCUUCAAGUGUGAAGUGUCUGAUGAGAAGGUGACUGGCAAAUGGUACAAGAAUGGAGUUGAGAUCCGACCCAGUAAACGCAUUACAAUCAGUCACAAGGGCAGGGUCCACAAGCUGGUCAUUGAUGAUGUGAGACCUGAAGAUGAGGGAGAUUACACCUUCGUCCCUGAUGGAUAUGCUCUUUCACUUUCUGCUAAACUCAACUUCUUGGAGAUCAAGAUUGAAUAUGUUCCCAAGCAAGAACCCCUCAAGAUCCAUUUAGAUUGUGGAUCAGGGAAAACAAAUGAAAACACUAUUGUCGUUGUUGCUGGGAACAAAUUACGGCUCGACGUGAACAUCACUGGAGAACCUGCACCAACAGCAACUUGGUUAAAGGAUAAUCAAGUUUUUUCAGAAAAAGAAGGCCGGGUCCGUAUAGAAGAACGUCAAGAGCUGAGCAAUCUUGUGAUAGAUGCUGAGCGCUCUGAUGAAGACUUGUAUACUAUCAAGGUGACUAAUCCGGUGGGCGAAGACGUUGCCUUUCUCAACAUCAAAGUUGUGGAUGUUCCCGAUCCUCCUGAAGCCGUGCGUGCCACUUCUGUGGGAGAGGACUGGGCCAUUUUGGUAUGGGAACCACCCAAGUGUGAUGGUGGUAUGCCUAUUACUGGUUACCUGAUGGAGCGCAAGAAGAAGGGUAGCAUGCGCUGGAUGAAACUGAAUUUUGAAGUAUUCACAGAGCUGACUUAUGAGUCCACCAAGAUGAUUGAAGGGUGUCUCUAUGAGAUGCGGGUCUUUGCAGUCAAUGCCAUUGGAAUCUCUCAACCCAGUCAGAAUACCAAACCUUUCAUGCCUAUUGCUCCCACCAGUGAGCCCCUUCAUCUCACUGUGGAGGACGUAACAGACACGACAGCCACCCUGAAAUGGCGUGCUCCAAACCGAAUCGGUGCAGGAGGCAUUGAUGGCUACCUCAUUGAGUACUGCAAGGAAGGGACCGAUGAAUGGAUACCUGCUAAUACAGAGCUUGUAGAACGCUGUGGCUUUACUGCCAAAGGACUUCCAACAGGCGAGAAGCUUUUCUUUCGGGUCAUUGCAAUAAAUUUUGCAGGCCAGUGUCCGCCAGCCACUUUAUCACAGCCUGUCACCAUUUGUGAAAUUGUUGCUAAUAAAUGAGCAUUUGGAGAUGUU